AAAACCGGUCAAGGUCAGUAAACAUGGCGGACAAAUUCAACUUUCGUUGUUGACAUACACGAAAAAUAACCGAUAUAUGGACUAUACUUGAUAUUUUUGGAUUAAUUUAUGCCAUAGACAUCUACAACGUUCGAGUUCAGGUGGUGGCUCCGACCAUCAGUAGCCUGGCCUGUCAGGAACAGCUUAUAGACGCCGCAAAGGGUGUGGCUCACUCUGUGGAGGGAAUCGUGGAGGCGGCCCAGCAGUCCUGCCACGAUGAUAAGCUUCUGGCCGACCUAGGCGCCGCAGCCACAGCGGUUACUCAGGCUCUUAACGACCUGCUACAGCACAUCAAGAAGGGGGCAGGACCCACCGCGGCUGGGGAAUCCCACGAGGAUGCAGUGGACACGAUCCUGACUGUGACAGACAGACUGUUCAGUAGUGUGGGCGACGCCCACGAGAUGGUGAGACAGGCCAGGCAGCUAGCUCAGGCGACUUCUUCAUUGGUUGGGGCCAUCAGGGGAGAAGCCGAGCGCCACUCUGACUCGGACAUGCAGAAGCGGCUACUGGCCGCCGCCAGACAACUCGCUGAUGCCACCGCGAACAUGGUGGAAGCUGCCAAGGGCUGUGCGUCGAGUCCGAACGACUCGGAGCAGCAGAAGAGACUACGAGGCGCUGCAGAGGAUCUCCGGGCUGCCACAAAUAUCGCCGCCAGCAACGCCCUCAAAAAGAAACUCAUCAGGAGGCUAGAGAACGCCGCUCGUCAUACCGCCUCAGCCACCACACAGCUGAUUAACGCCUCAAAGAACGCUAACAAAUCCAACACUAACAAAACCUCGGAACAUCAACUGACUCAACAAUGCCAGGUAAGCAGUGAUGGGGACAUCAUUCCAUAA